GGAAUUGUGGGGGGGGAGGUGAAGUGGGGGAAAAAAAUCCCUUCUCUUGCCGUGGCCGUGUCCGAGCCAAUCUCCCCCUCGGAAGUACAUGCCAUUCCCAGCGCGGGAAGGGGUUAAAGGCCUCCCUGAGCUCAGAAACAUGCAGGUGUCCCACGGUGCCAGAUACAGACGCCUAAACUGUUUCCAGCUUUUUUUCCCCCGUUUUUUUCUUUCUUUCUUUCUUUUUUUUUUCCUGCAACAAGUCGGCAACGGGACAGAGGCAGCGCUGCAGCUCGUCGAUCACAGGCAUCGAGGCGGCUCUCUCCAACUUGCUUGGUGCAGAGAGCUCGGGGCAGGAGUCCUGCCGCCCCGGCCUCCAGGAAAGCUGCUUUCUCUUCAGAUUAAGGGGUGGCAGGGAGGCAGACCGCUCCCUAAACCUUUUCCUCUGGACAGUUGAAGGCUGGGCAGCCCGGGUAGUGGGAAAACCUCGCCAGGGUUGGGAGGGGCAGGUGUAUCCCGAUCCCCUGAAGGAAACGCAUUGAAAUCUAGGGGGGCGGGGGUGGUGGUGCUAGACCGGCUCUAGCUUGGGGGGAGGAUUUUCUCCUUUUCCUUGGAGAAAUUUCUUCAAGGGGACGAUGUGGUCCUGGCGCUUCUGGGUCUGUUGGGGACCUCUAGCUGCCUUACUGCUCCUGGAGAUGCCACCAGUGGGUCAGGCACUGCCUCCUAUUCGGUAUUCUCACGCUGGGAUCUGCCCCAACGACAUGAACCCCAAUCUCUGGGUUGACGCUCAGAGCACCUGCAAGCGGGAGUGUGAAACGGACCAGGAGUGUGAGACCUAUGAGAAAUGCUGCCCCAACGUCUGUGGCACCAAGAGCUGUGUGGCCGCCCGAUAUAUGGAUGUGAAGGGCAAGAAGGGGCCUGUGGGGAUGCCCAGGGAGGCCACCUGUGACCACUUCAUGUGCCUGCAGCAGGGCUCUGAAUGUGAUAUCUGGGAUGGGCAGCCUGUCUGCAAGUGCAAGGACCGAUGUGAGAAGGAGCCCAGUUUCACCUGUGCUUCCGAUGGGCUCACUUACUACAACCGCUGCUAUAUGGACGCGGAAGCCUGUUCCAAAGGCAUCACGCUGGCUGUAGUCACCUGCCGCUACCACCUCACCUGGCCCAACACGAGCCCCCCGCCCCCAGAGACCACCCUCAGCCCAACCACCGUCUCCCCGGAGACCCCCAUGAUGGACGUGGCAGCCCCCGCCUUGCUCAAUCACCCUCACCACCAGUCUGUCCGUGUGGGGGAGACAGUGAGCUUCCUCUGCGAUGUGGUGGGCCGACCUCGGCCUGAGAUCACUUGGGAGAAACAGCUGGAGGACAGGGAAAACGUGGUGAUGCGGCCCAAUCACGUGCGCGGCAAUGUGGUCGUCACCAACAUCGCCCAGCUGGUCAUCUACAACGCCCAGCCCCAGGAUGCCGGCAUCUACACGUGCACGGCUAAAAACGCUGCGGGGCUUCUUCGCGUGGAUUUCCCUUUGUCAGUGGUGCGGGGGCAGGUGGCCACCUCGGAGCUCCGGCCCAACGGGACGGCCUUCCCUAUGAAUGAAUGCCUGAAGCCCCCGGAUGGGGAGGACUGUGGGGAAGAGCAGACCCGCUGGCACUACGAUGCCCAGGCCAACAACUGCUUCACUUUCACCUUUGGUAACUGCUACCACAAUCACAACCACUUUGAGACCUACGAGGCAUGCAUGCUGGCAUGCAUGAGUGGACCCUUGGCCGUGUGCGGUCUGCCCGCCCUGCAGGGCCCCUGCAAAGCCUAUUCCCCUCGCUGGGCAUACAAUGCACAGACCGGCCAGUGCCAGUCAUUCGUCUAUGGAGGCUGCGGGGGCAAUGGUAACAACUUUGAGAGCCGAGAGGCUUGUGAGGAGACCUGCCCCUUCCCAAGGGGCGGCCAGCGUUGUCGGGCUUGCAAGGCCCGCCAGAAGCUGGUCACUAGCUUCUGCCGGAGCGACUUUGUCAUCCUGGGCAGAGUCUCUGAGGUGACGGAGGAGUUGGACUCUGGUCGGGCUCUUGUGACUGUGGAGGAGGUACUGAAGGAUGAGAAGAUGGGCCUGAAGUUCCUGGGCCAGGAGCCAUUGGAGAUCACCUUGUUGCACAUGGACUGGGCCUGCCCGUGCCCCAACAUAACCGUCAGUGAAGCCCCACUCAUUAUCAUGGGAGAAGUGGAUGGAGGAAUGGCGGUGCUCCAGCCAGACAGCUUCGUGGGGCCUUCCAGCGUCAGGAGGGUCAGGAAGCUCCGGGAGGUCUUGCACAAGAAGACCUGCGAGCUCCUUAAGGAGUUUCUUGGCCUGCGUUGAACCCCUUCUCUCUGUGUGCGGUUCUUUCCUCAUCCUCUUUCAUCCCUUGUCCCCUUCCCCAAACCAAACCCUUCUUGAGCAUUCAUAAGCCUGGCAUAGUUAGGAGCAACCCUGAGUCUUACUUAGGCCAAUAAGAAAACUUCAUAAAAAACAAAUCAAUCAGGAGCAAACCACCAUUUCCUGAGGUUAUUCCCCAAGAAGCACAUCUUUUGUUAGGUAAUUUUGUUUAGAACGGGGGUCAGCUUCUCCUCCAGCCUUCCUCCAUCCUGGUGAUUUAAGAGCCAGCUUUCCAGGGGCAUCUCCUCUAACCUUCCCUGGCAGGCUCUGUCCCUGUUUAUUAUUCCUAAAUAAGGCAGACCUGAGCCUCAUUCUGUGUGUGUGAGCAUGAGUGUGAGAGUGUGUGAUAGUCACAGGAAAGACUAGAUGAUCUGGAAGGCUAGUUAUGCCAAGGAGAGGGGAGAGAAUAGAACAGUUUGUCCUGGCCUGCUAUGGCCAAGUCGUGGCAGAAAUACCUUGAGUUAACAUGGGCGUAGCUGCCUCAGGGCUAAAAUUCAGGAUUGGUGGAGGGGAUAUUGGGGGAGGGGGAGAGAGUCCUCCACUUUGAGAGCAGAACCUAAAACUUGCCCCCAUAUGGAGGCUAAAGGAAGCUUGGGAGGGCAGGCCAUCCCUUUGUCCACCUGGUGGGUGACCCAGUUUUCAUAUGUGGACCAGGUGUCUUUGGGUGGGAGCUAGUCUGUGCUUUGGAAAAACAUACCCUGGUGUGCUUAAUGUUACAAAGACAUCAACAGGGUACGCUUUCCUUCAGCUUGGCUGUUAGAAAGAGCUGGAGAAGCAGCCUCAGUUCUGUUCUGUCCCAUUUCUCAUUGCACCCCUGAAGGAAAGGUAAACACCACCCAAGAAAUCUCUAGCAGCGGCAGGGCAAAAGGGCUUGUUGUUUAGUUUCUGAUGUCCAUCACCCCAUUAUCCAGCUUAGGAAGAGCGCCAUUCCUGUACUCUCUCUCCAAGGCUCCCCCAGAGUUAUAGCAAUAGCAGCAAAAUGAAUUCUUGCAGGGUCUAUAGGACACCCAUCUAGCCCGUCCAUGCAAAGCCUAAAACCCCAAAAUAGAGCCCGGGGGAACUCUAAGACAGUCUUAUUUUAAAGACAAUGCCAUGUUUCAGUCACUGGGUUAUCAGCCCAGCGUUGGUGUAGGUUACCAGUUGGGGAAGUCCCCUGCCUGCAUAUAUCAGGCUGAGGGACACUAUCCACAUUUCAUUGCACCCCAUUCUAGGCAUAGAUCUAGGGGCAUAUAUGUCAGAGCCAAUUCUUGGAGACUUCCCUUUGGGAUACCAUUGUUUGGUUUCAUUCCAUAGGUAGGGAAACUGAGGCUUGCAAUUUCCUCCUUUUCUCUCUAAUAGGAGUUUUGGAAUAGACUUCCUUAUUUUCUAGAUGAGAGCUUGGGCAUCUCUCCAAUAGCUUGCUCUGUUAGAAACAUAAUGGGACAGAAAUUUCUUUGUCCAGAUUCUAGCAUCUCAGUGUGAAUGCUUGGGUGUUCUUUGCUAUCACCUGGAUGGAGCAAUGCCCCCUUUUCCCCCUUACCCUUUGAUAUCCACACACACACAAAUACACACUCAGAGUUUCUGAAAAUGUCAAAAGCAGGAGCCAUUUUGCUUCCCUCCUGUGUAAAUGACAUGGGACACAAAAUCCAUUUCUAGAUAAAGAGGUAGGAGAGAAAGUGAAGGGAGGAGGAAGUAAAAGAGGAAUCAACAUCUUCCAAGGGAUGGAAAUGUUGCUCACUCCUACCCUCUGGUGGUUAAGUUGAGAGUCAGAAGGACAUUAGGUGUGAGAAUUGGCUCGGAUCAGAGAAAAACUGAGACCCAGAGAAACUUUGUCCAAGGGCAUUAGCUGUGAGAGCCUGAUUUCCCAGUAGGUGCUUAAUAAAUGUUUGGUUCAUCGAUUGGUGAUUGGUUGAUUGAGGAUCUGAGAUCAGAACAGGAGUCAAAGGAAGUUAGAUCUAAGAAGGACUUCAGAAAUCAUCGCAGGUCAUUUUAUGGGGAAGGCACCUGAGACCUAGAAAUGAGGGCCUCAGAUCAAUUAUCAUGGUCAGUCAUCAUGAGAUGACUCGAUUGACGACCCAUCGUGUGGUUUCUCCAAGUCAGCACACCUAAUGGAGUGACCACUUGUUUCUUAACUAACAGCUCUUGUCUCAUCAGACCCUCUGCCUUCGUUUCCCUCUACUGUAACCUUAAACAACACAAAGAUGAAUAGUGGAAGAGUUUUAAGUGAACAGAUCACACACCCCUCUUUUCAACACUCUCCUCACCUCUUUGCCUCAUCAGGAGAACACAGAGACCUAAGACCUAAGACCCCAACAAAGCAAGAGGGUCACUGUGGGGAGUUUCUGUGUCUUUCCUGGACAGAGAAGUAUAAUUCUGGAGAGAGAAGUAUAAUUAAAAGUUUGAAAUAUUUAUGCCUGUUCUUGCUGCUUGGGUUGAGGGCAGAAAAGGUAUAAUAUGUUGCCGUAGUCACUUUAGAAUGGAAGAGAAAGCUGCCAAAGGCUUCAUCUGUCUCCUUUUGUGGAAAUAAAGCAUUAACCAAGGGA